AUGGGCAAUGCAGCACCAACUGCACAGGGCGCCGAGGACAAGGAUGUUCUCUUCUCGGCGAGCUUCAUAUGCCCGCUCACCCACGAGGUGAUGACCGACCCGGUGGUCGACCCCGAGGGCAACUCCUACGAGCGCGCCGCCAUCACGGCCUGGCUCCAGCAGCACGACACGUCGCCCAUCACCCGCGCGCCUCUGGCGCUGGCCGACCUCGCGCCCAACCGCGCCCUCAGGAACGCCAUCGACGAGCGCCGCCGCGAGCUCGGCAUGCCACCCCUCGAUGACGUCGUAGUGGUGGCCCAGGCCAAGAAAGAUGGGGAGAAGAUGAAGGUUACAGAUGAGGGAGAGGUGGUGCUGAGCAUUGAGGCUCGCAAGGUGGAGAAGGAGGAGAGAGAGGGAGUGGUUCAUGACGUGCUGGUUUCGGUUCGACCUCCCGAAGGCACUACGCGCACGCCCUCGGACAUCUGCUGCGUAAUCGACAUCUCGGGCUCGAUGGGCACUGAAGCCAAGAUGAAGAACGCCAGCGGUCGCGAGGAGAAGCACGGCCUGUCGCUACUCGACGUGGUCAAGCACGCGGCCAACACCGUCAUCGCCUCGCUCACCGAGCAGGACCGCCUCGGGGUGGUUGUCUACUCGACCACGGCCACCACCGUCUUCGAGCUCACCCACAUGACCCCCGAGGCCAAGGCCCGAGCCAAGGCCCGCGUAGACGCUCUCGUGCCCGACGAUACGACGAAUCUUUGGGACGGCCUCUACACGGGCCUCGAGAUGCUGGGCAAGCAGGCCGUCAAGGGCCGCCUGGCCGCCGUGCUGCUACUCACCGACGGCCUGCCCAACGUGAGCCCCCCUCGAGGCGAGCUGGCCACCCUCAAGCGCUACAGAGACCAGCACCCCGACCUCGCCUGCACCACCUCCACGUUUGGCUUCGGCUACGACAUCAAUACCGACCUGCUACGCGGCCUGGCCGUCGAGGGGGGCGGGGGCGGCCUCUACUCGUUCAUUCCCGACAGCUCGUUCGUCGGUACGGCCUUCGUCAACACCCUCAGCAACCAGCUCGCCACCAUGGCCGGCAACGUCCGCCUCUCCCUCGAGCCCCUCAACGGUGCCCGGCUCCUCUACAACGAAGAUGGCGCGGCUGGUCAAGGCCAGCAGGUCGACAAGACAUCGUGGGGCGCGCAGGUCAAUCUGGGCUCGCUCCAGUACGGCCAGUCGCGCGACGUCGUGGUGCGCAUGGCCCUACCAGCCGACGCCUCGGCCGCGGCAGAGCCCUACCUGUCGGCCACGCUCAAGUACGAGCCCAGCGGCGCCCAGUCGACCGUCGAGUGCCGGGCCGAAGGCGUGCGGCGCGAUGGCGACGGCGUCGAGGUUGAGGUGCAGCGCCUGCGGUUGGCCCUGGUCGACUGCCUGGGCCACGCCAUGCACACCAUGAAGACCGACCCCGCCCACGCGCUCGACGGCGUCAAGCGCCUCGCACGCGAAGUCGACGCCCUCUCAUCGAGGGACCAGCGCGUGGCCGGGCUCAGCGAGGACCUGACAGGCCAGGUCUCCGAGGCCCUGUCGCGCGAGGACUGGUACAAGAAGUGGGGCCGUCACUACCUGCCGGCCCUGGCCCGCGCCCAUAUGCUGCAGCAGUGCACCAACUUCAAGGACCCGGGCCUGCAGCACUAUGGCGGCCGGCUGUUCCAGCGCCUGCGCGACGAGAUCGACGACAUCUUCGUGCGGCUGCCGCCGCCCAAGCCCUCGGUGCGCGCCACGACGCACGACCCGACCUACCGGCCGCCGGCCAGCAUGCAGGCCUACCACAACUCGUCCAACCCGUGCUUCCACGGCGACUGCGCGGCCCUCCUGGCCGAUGGCUCAACCAAGCCCGUGGCCAGCGUGGCGAAGGGCGAUCUCGUCGCCACCGGCGCCGGCGACAACGGGUCGGCCCACGUGGUGUGCGUGGUCAAGACGCAUUGCCGCUCGGGCCGUGCGCAGCUGGUGCGGCUCGACGGUAGCGGGCUGCUGGUUACCCCGUACCACCCGGUGUGCAUUGGCGGCGAGUGGCGCUUCCCGUGCGAGCUGGGCACCGCGCUCGAGCGGCCGUGCGACGCGGUCUACAGCUUCCAGAUGCACGGCUGGGCCGAGGGGCUGGUCGAGUUCGAGACGGGCUGCCUCGUGCGCCACCCGGAGACCGGUCUCGUGUGCGGCUUCACCGCAGAGCUCGGCCGCGCGUGA